AGUUGCGCGACGAGCGCCAUAAUAGAAGAACGUCGGGUGGCGCCGCGCCAACCCGUCGCGUGCUAGUGUUGUGUCAUAGAGGUGGGCCAGGUCGGUUUCGGGAUAACUUUGUACCGACAUAACCAUGGCUCUCAAUGCGGAUGGUGAACAGAAAUCGAAUCCGGUGCUCCGCGUGGACCAGGAUUCGGACUCGGUUCUACAGUCAUUGUUCGACACUGUGCUUAAGCCGGACUCGAAACGGCCACUACAGGUGCCUCUCCGUAUGCGACAGCUUCCAAAGUCGUUCUUUAACCCGCCGUCGACCGGUUCCAAGUCGCCAUCUGUGUCUCACUCGCGAGAAAACUCGGCUGACUCGGCGUUCGGAUCGUCGUCCGCUACUGGCGCCACUCCAGUGUCACAUUCUCGUGCACACUCUUCACCAGCUAGCUUACAGCAGACUUAUGCCGCUGGACAACAAAACCAACAACAACCGAUACAUCAUCAACACGCCAAACACAGAUCAUAUGAUGUUGGGUCACAUCUACAAGACGAUUUGGGACCUUUACCUGCAGGGUGGGAACAAGCUCGCACACCAGAGGGACAAAUUUAUUAUCUGAAUCACAUAACAAAGACAACGACGUGGGAUGAUCCCCGCAAGACUUUAGCAGCGCAAGCAGUAGCGGGGGGUGUUCAACACCAAAGUGCAGAAACACUCCUAACACAGACCGCCAGCGCACAGACCAUCACUCCCGCUGCCACUCCAGCAGCGAAGACGACUAGUAGUAAUACGACAACAGAUCCACUAGGGCCGCUACCAGAAGGUUGGGAGCAGGCGACGACACCAGAAGGUGAAACCUAUUUUAUAAACCAUGCCGCCCGAACAACGUCUUGGUUCGACCCUAGAAUACCGCAACAUUUACAACGCACACCAGCAGCGAAUGCGGGCUUAGCCGGUGGUGGAUGGGCCAAUGCUCAACUCCAAGCUUGCCAACAAAAGAUACGAUUGCAGUCAUUACAACUAGAAAGAGACCGCUUGAAGCAACGCCAGCAGGAGAUAAGACUCCAGCAAGAGCUGAUGGCGCGGCAGUCCUCUUCUAUAAUGUCGUCGUUGGCAAGCAGCACGGGUGCUGUGGCCAGUACAGAGUUGUCGCUCGAUCCAUUCCUAUCGGGGCUGACUGAACACCAACGACAAGAGUCAGCUGACAGUGGACUGGGCAUGGCGGUGCCUCGCGUGGGGGACGGAGAUAGCCUAUUCUCGAUCCCUCACACUCCUGAAGACUUCCUAGCGGGCAUGGACGACCGCAUGGACUGUAGCAGCGAGGCCGGUGCUAAUAUUGACUCCACUGACAUGGCCAUAGGAGACAGCAUCGACCCUACUGACGACUUGGUACCUUCUUUACAGUUGAACGAGUUCACAAACGAUAUUCUACUGGACGACGUGCAGUCUCUUAUAAAUUCGACACCGAGCAAACCAGACAACGUGUUGACCUGGCUGUAGGGAGUGCCCUAGCGUGCGUGCUCAAUACUUACAUACAAACUCUAAAAUUAGUUAUUAUGUUAUAUAGCGUACUUACCGCAUCGAACGAAAACAACGCUGUUAGUGACAUAACGGUAAAACAUGAUGUAUAUUUUACU